CGUUUUAUUCAGUACAUUUUAUGUGUUGCUUGCUUUUCUAAAGUCUACCAACCUUGCUAGCUACUCGAAUUUCAUUGAUAGCCUGAAAGGGCUUCUUGGUAACUGCAAGCAAAUUACAUGGUUAAAAAAAAAACGGAAUAGUCCGCUGGAACCAAAAGUCAUCGCGUGUUGGAAGCAGCAGCCCACUCAUAGUGCAGACAUGGCUGGUGGUAAAGGUCGUGGUAUAGCUGCCUUCAGCUUCAACAUCGAAUCCCUGGGCCUCAGCAGGGGGAAUAUGCCUCAGACCAGAGAGGGGCCCAACAAGCUGUAUCCAGAUGUGGAGUUCAAGCCUGUGCCCUUGAAAGAGGGAGAAGAUGAGGACUACAUGCUAGCCCUGAAACAGGAGAUAAGGGGAACCAUGAGACUACUACCCCACAACAUCAAGCCUCUGGCUGGGAAAGGAGAUGUGGAAAGAUACAAGGAGAGGUAUCAGAGGCAAAACAUGUUGGAUGAGGAGUGGACUCCAGACUGGCAGCUUUUUCCAAAAGAGCUGAUGCCUCAAAAGAAAAAGUUGAAUGUAAAACCAGUAGGCGCAAAGAAGAAACCCAUAAAGGUGUCAAGCAAAGAAAAAGCAGAUGUACUCAGUAAAUUAGAUGAACUUGAAAAGAAAGAUGAUGUAAAGUCAGAUGAGGAGAAAGAAGAAAAGAAAACUACAGAGGAAGGAGAGGAGGAAGAAAUUGAAGGAGAGGAGUUGGAGGAGGAGGAAUUAGAAGAGGAAAAUGACUACAUUGCCAGCUACUUUGAAGAUGGUGAUGAUUUUGGUGCCGGCAGUGACGAGAACAUGGAUGAAGGAGCCACAUAUUAACCUCAACUGUAUGGAUGUUAUCUCAAGAGCAUACAGUAUUUAAAAAGCCAGAAGAAUGUUGACUGUCACUCUUCCAAAUGCAUUUCACCCUGCAAAUCAUUUAUUGUUUACCAAAUAGCUGUUGGCUAUAUGACUAACACUGUCAUCAAGUUCACAUAUUUUGUUUGAACCUACA